GUCUUUCUCUUUUGGACUAUGUUGAAAGGAAGACGAAACCUCAUGGCUUCCACACCAAAACCAGCCUUGAUCUUUAAUGACGUCUAUGAUUCACCCUAAGCAGUUCUGAAUCAGCUGAUUUUUAUCAAUCUUUUAAAAUGAUUCAUUGUUUUUUCAUCUUAUUGCUUUACCUUUUAACAUGCACGUCAGAUAAUGCAGAUAUAAAGGGACAGAAUCAUGUUAUGAUUGUUCAAGCUGGAGUCGCUGUUAACUUAACAUGUAUUUUUCCAAAAGAGUCAAGAACCAGUGUGGUUUGGGUCAAACAAAGAGUUGGAGAGAAACCUCUUCUAAUUGCUUCAGCAUAUCAAGGUUUAGCUGGCAAAUAUGAAAAUGACUUUGACAAACAAAACCGCUUCUUUAUAGAAAAAGAUGAAGGUAGUUUUAAUCUGAGCAUCGCAAACACUGAAAUAUCAGACACUGCAACAUACUAUUGUGUUGCAUAUGUGUACGAGUUCAUAUUUGGGAACAGCACUGACCUCAUUGUUAACGCUGGUAAACUGAACAUCAAGUCUGAGCAUCAGAGAUCAGCAUCAGAGGAUCAGCAGUGCAGCGUCAUCUCUCAGAGCUGUGCAGAAGAACACAAGGUCUACUGGUUCAGACAGGGCUCUGGAGAAUCUUCCCCAGGAGUGAUCUACACUCAGAACAGCAGGAGCGCUCAGUGUGAGAAGAGCUCUGAUCUUAACUCCACUGCACACAAAUGCAUCUACAGCCUGCCCAAGACUGAUGAAGAUCCCGCCAUCUACUACUGCGCUGUGGCUGCUUGUGGACAAAUACUGUUUGGAGAUGUGGUAACAAUCCCAGGUUUUUGGACACUUUGGAAGACUGUUGCUCUGGCGUUGGCAAUUUCAAACAGUUUAUUAAUGAUUGUGAUCAUAUUUCUGGGCAUGCGGUUGUACAAGUUCCAAAAGAACGACAGGACACAGAACAUUCAGCUUGGUCAAUUAAUGGAUGAAGACAGAGGUGUUUUGAAUUAUGCUGCACUGAGCUUCCAACAAAAGUCCUCCACUUCUAGAAGACCCAAAGAAAAACAUUUAAGAUAAACGUACUCAUUUAUGUAAGGUAUCAUUAAAUAUGUUGUGAUGUGAUUUAACUGGUUUACCCAAUCAAUAUAAUGAACUCUUAAUUACAUGUAACUGUUUGAGCUCAAAAUAUAUAGAUAUUAACUGUAAUGUCACAAACUGAAAUUAAAGAAUAAUAUAAUGUCAUUCA